AUGUCCCAAGUUCACGCCAACAGCAUCACGAAAGUGACCCGCAUCGUGAUCAUCGGGGGUGGAGCUGAGGGUAUCAACACGGCACAAGCGCUUGCCAGGAAGCUCACCCCAGCUGACAACACCGAAGUCGUUCUACUAGAGAAGAACGCCUACUUCUACCAUGUCGUGGGCGCCCCACGCGCGUACGUAGACGCCAACUAUACCAAGAAGAUGUUCAUUCCGUACGACAAAGCCAUCCCAACGCAAGCAGCCAAAUUCGUGCGGAUCGUGCGAGGAGUAGCCACGAGCAUCUCGGCGGAAACGAACGAAGUGUAUUACCACUCCAUCGGCAGCGACGACAAGCUAAGUGAAGCAACCGAGAAACUCCCCUUUGACUACCUCGUGCUGGCCAUGGGGAGCACCUACUCGGUGCCGAUCAAGCAGGACACUCACGACUACGCUCGCUCAACGACCGAGACCAAACUUCAAGAAGUCCGCAGUGCGAUCGAUAGCGCGGAGAAGAUCGUGGUGGUUGGCGGUGGGGCCGUAGGCUGCGAGAUUGCGGCUGAGAUCAAGACCAAGUACCCAGCCAAGACCGUGACUAUCAUUGAAGUGCACAACCAGCUUAUCUAUGGCAACAACCUGACCGCCAAAUUCUACGCCAGAUUGAACGCGCGGCUGGAGAAACUCCAAGUCAAAGUGAUCCUAGGCGAGAGGCUGACGGAGCGUCUGAGUGGGAAUAGUUUGGAGAAGCGGACGCUGCGGACGGACAAGGGGAUGGAGAUCGAGUCCGACAUUCAGCUGCUCUGUGGGGGCUUCAGUCCUGUGGGGCAGUUGGUGGAGGGCUUGGAUGCCUCGUUGGUGACGGACCGUGGGGCUGUGAAGGUGAAUGCUCAGCUGCAGCUUGAAGGAGACAAGUACGCGCACAUGUUCGCAAUAGGAGAUGUGUGCAACCACGCCUCCCCCAAAAUGGCCUUCAUCGCUGGAGAACAGGGCAAGUUCUUGGCGAAUGAGCUCGUAGCAGCGAUUCGCAAGAAGCAGUUGGGAUUCACCAAACCAUUCAAAGCUCCUGGAACCGCGGCGAUGAUUUUGCCUCUGGGGCCUUCGGGUGGCGUCUCGCAGUUGCCCUUUUGGGGCGGUGUCGUUGUUGGUGACUGGUUCACUAGGAUGAUCAAGUCGAAGGACUACUUGGCAAGUAUGAUUUGGUCCAGCCUUGGAGCAACAACACCUAAUUAG